UCCGAGAUAUCGGGUUUCAAACAGGGCGUUUUUCGCAUUUUUUAAAAAAAAGGCGUGUUGCUCUGGGAACUGGGACUCAGGAACCUAAUUUGCAAGCACGCCGUCUUUCCUAAUAAAAACAUAUAUUUUCGCUGGUGGUAUCCUUUGCGUUUUUCAAAAUAAUGCCGGAACGGUGUGUUGUCUACGGUUGUAACAACACAGCUAAUUCGGAGAAAGGUAUAUCUUUAUACCGUAUACCUUAUUGGGACGAUAGCAGGCAAAUUGCGAGAGCCAGAAGAAAGAAAUGGGAGGACUUUAUUCGGCGGAAAAGAGACAAAUGGCUGCCAAGUGCUAGCUCAGUUGUGUGCUCUAAACACUUCGCGGAAGAGUGUUUUGAUUACGGUUCGAGCACUGUAGAGAAGUACAAGACCCCGAAGCUUAAGCGUGAUAAAAUUGGAGUAACUGCUGUGCCUUCUCUGCUGCCUGAAGCGACAUCUUUUGAUAGUGAACGCACCAUGCGCUUACAACGCCGAGGGAAGAGAGUACUUGAGGGACCCCCAACUGUGGAAGAUCCUCAGCCUUCUACGUCAACAAACAUUACAUUUCCGGAAAGAGUUUCAACUGGUGAGGAACCUGUACCUUCAAGUUCAACCUCAACGAAACGAAAAGAGCAUGGGGAAUGUAGCAAUUGCAAAGCUUUAUUGCUAAAAAAUAAGAGGCUUAAAAGUGACUGGCUAUCUGCAAAAAAUAAGCUGGAAGUUUGCAGAAGGCAAAUUGCAAGAAGUUCUGGAGAAGAUGCACAUCCUAGUACCAUGUCAACCACAGCAGGUGAUGAUGCACAUUGUAGCUCAGACAUUGGAAUACCUCCAUCAGAUGAUUUUGAUGAGCUAUUAAGCUCAGAUAUUGAAAUGCCUCCACCAUACUAA